GAAGAAAAAAAAAUUAAUCUUGUUGAUAGAAUUGUUUCCAAUUGUUUUCAUUGAUUAACGACUGAUUUUAAUUCUUAAUCAUGAUAAUUAGUGUCCAAAAGCCAACGGAGAUUUUCCCAAAAGAAUUUGGAUCCAUCAAAAUCAAUGAAAACUUUCUCUGAGAAUGGCCACAAGUGAGGUUCUUCAACACAACUUUGAUACCACCACAACACGAGCUGAACCCAAAAAAGUGCCAAAAAAACGUAAAUUUCAACUUGAGAGCUUAGAGGACAAUAACAAUGUUUCUUGGUCAACACCGAUAUCUACACCAACCUCUUCAAUUGAAGUUAAUCAUUUAUCGAGAGAAAUAGUUAGCGCUGAAUCAAGUCAUUGUAUUACUACAAAUACCAUUGUGAGUUGUAAUGAUGUAGCAACAAAUAUUGCUGAUGAUGAUAACAACAACACCGUUAUCAACAAGAGUAACAACAACUUGUAUUGUGACAAAGAUAAUAUUAGUUGUAGUAACACUGAAACACACGAGGCCUUAAAACAUCAACAACAAACAUCAUUGGAACAUGUUAUCAAUAGAAGCUUUAAAAAUGAUGAAGAUGAUGUUGAUGUUGAUGAUGACAAUUGUAUUGACAGUAGUAAAGAAUUGACAUUAGAUCUAACUGAUUGGUGUGGUUAUCGUGUUAUCGCUCGUUUGGGUAACUAUUAUCAACGAGGUGAAAUCAAUUGUUAUUUAAAACGAGAAUGUAAAGUUGGUGUUAAAUUUGAUGAUAAAGAUGAAACAAUUGCAGAUAAAUUUGUCUACUUCAACCCACUUGAUUGCAGUAGUAUUAUCAACGAUAGUUGCCCAUCUCCUAAUCAAAUCACCAUUGGUCUUGAUGUUGUCUCCCGGUGUCCAGAGUCAGAGAAUCUAUUUCGUAAAGGAAUCGUAGCUGAUAUUUUAUCCACUGAGCCAAACUCUUUAUCCAGUGCCAGAUAUGUGGUUAAAUUCAAUGAAUGUGAAUUCAUUAAAGUAUCACGAGCUAAUAUACGUCUUCUUAAACCUCCUUGGUGGGAAGAGAUUGACAAUUGCUUUAAUACAGAUCCAACCACAUCAUCAUUUGUAACAAUAUCCCAAACUUCAUCAAAUUUUCCCUCUUCGAUUUCACCAUCAUGUCCAUCAACAGUAACAUCUCCAUUACCACCCACUCCAGCCAAGAAAACGUCGCCAUUACCAUUUGAAAACUGUGUUCAAGAUGUUAUUUCAUCAAGUAGUCAUGAGAAAAUGAAACGCCCUGAUAUCAUAAUUUACUCGCAAGCCCAACAACAAAUAGAGCAAAGACAUUUCCAGCCACAAUGUAAUCAAUCUCAAUCUUCAUCUCCAAGAUUUGUCAAAUCUCCAACUGAUCAUAGCUACUCAGGUGAUGAUCUUGACGAUGAUGACAACGUCAAGUACACAGAUUCAGCGCCAACAACUCCAACGACUCCUCUUCUUCGAUCAGGAGGCUUCAUUAAUCAUUUGAUGGAUUCAGCUCCUAACUCUCCACUAGAACUUACUACAAAUUCUAUGAGCUUAUCUGGGGGAGAGACUGCGUCUGCAUCCGAUCAUAACAUUGCACUCGUUUAUCUUAAUAAAUAUAGAAAAGGUGAUAUCGUAUCAUCGGCAAGUGGAAUUCGUAAAAAGUUCAAUGGAAAACAAUGGAGGCGAUUAUGUUCAAAAGAAGAUUGUACUAAAGAAUCGCAAAGGCGCGGCUUCUGCUCGAGACAUUUAAGCAUGAAAUCGACUUCUUCAUCUUCUUCAACCGUUAAUAAUCUUAGUGCCAAUGUUAAUCCCUCUCCCGGAUGUUCUAGUAUUGGUUGGACUCAAUGUACAAUUGGAUUAACACCAAGUAUUGUUGCUACUUCUGUAAACUCACCUGUUUCAUCAAAAGUUACUAAUGGUAUCAAAGGAUUAAAAUUGAUAUCAAGUCCAUCGCCAAUCACUCCAACUGAUAAAUCUCCUCUUCAAAAUAAUUUUCCUCGUACAAAUCAAGGAUUUGGUGAGAAUAGUUUAACAACUUUGCAUUCAAACGAAUCUCAAAAAAUUGUAAAUUUAACUGUUGCUUCAGCUGUUACUGUUUCUGUUGCACCAUCAAUCUCCGCCACCACCUCUGCCUCUGUUUCAACUGUACCCAUAUUAUUAUCAUCAUCAUCUCCAUGUUCAACAACAUCACCUACUUCAUCAUGUUACUCAUCAUCAUUUGAUACAACUGAAGCUGCCAAUAUGUUGAUCUCACUUCGUACAUCGCCUAAAGCGGGAAGCCAAACAGUUAUUGUUAAACCUAAUGAUUUGAGCUUAGUUGCUGGAACAAGAUCUGGUCUAAUGGCAGCUAGACUUAUGGCUAAUAAUGAAACCUCAUAUUUUCAUCCCCUUCACCCCAAUCAACAUAUUUCUGGCCAGCCCAAUUUAGUACCAUCAUCACCUCAUACUGUACAAAGUACAACAUUACCUGUUAGCCCAUCUUUAAAGCCAUCAUCUCAAGUGUCAUCAUCAACCACAUCAGCUGUAACUUUACAACCGAAAACUCAUUUUGUAUCUCCUUCGCACGUUGGUGCAAAUAACAUGACAAUUAAUUCAAUUAAUCGUUUUGAGGAAGAAAUGAGAAAACGUUCACCUGAAUGUGUUGACAUGGAUUCAAGUGCUAAUAUAACAUGUAACAAAAGUUUCGUUCAUAACAAUAUCAAUACAAAUUUGAACAGAGAGGAUAAGACAUUACUUAGUCAUGGUCAUCUUGUUAAAGAUUGGCUAUUACCUAACAAUAUAAGCGCUUCAUGUUCAUCUCCAUCUUCGAUAUCAUCUUCUAAUACAGAAAUGCCUUUAUUUCCUUGGUAUUCCACCAAUUCCUUACCAAUUCAUCGUAAUAUAUCACCGAAUGGACCACAUUCUCCUCCUCGAAGUGCUCCACCUCAAUUCUCUGAUUCUGAGAAUGAAUUAGACGAAGAUGAAGACAUUGAAAUAGAUGUUAGUGGUGGUGUAGGAGGAGAAGAAGAUGACGAUGAAGUAUUUUCAUUGUCAACGAAUAAAAAUGAUGAUAAUAACAGUACUAAUAUUAACAGCAAUGUAAUGAUGGAUAGCGAAAGUUAUAGUGACAAUGUAACAAUAGAUGAUUCAAUUGAUAAAUCAUCUUCUUCCAGUGUAAUAUCAGCUUCACGACGACGAUCAAAAUCUUGCAGUGCUUUACAAGAUGAAUCGAAAGAGUUGAGCAAAAAAGUAGAGAUGUGCAAUACUGUUAAUAAUAAAAAUCCCAAUGAUGAUGAUGAAAAUGAUAAUGAUAAUGAGGGUGAUGAGCAUAAUAAUGGUAACAGUAACAACAAAAACAACAACAACAAUAGUAGUAAUAAUAGUGGAAAGAAAAACAAAUCAUCAUCUAAACAACACAUUCGUCGACCCAUGAAUGCUUUUAUGAUUUUCUCGAAAAGACAUCGAGCUUUAGUUCACCAACGUCAUCCAAACAGCGAUAAUCGAACUGUUAGCAAGAUUCUUGGCGAAUGGUGGUACAGUUUGCAGAAAGAAGAGAAAGAGAAAUACAACGAUCUUGCAUUUAAAGUAAAAGAAGCUCAUUUCAAGAAACAUCCAAAUUGGAAAUGGUGUUCAAAAGGAGGAACUGGAUCAGUCUCUGGGUUAGAAACUGGAGAAACUCUUUCGCCUUCAAUGGAAAAUACAACCACAACAAUUACCACCAACACCAACACCAACAUCAAUGCUACCACAACCUCUUCAACUCUUUCGUCUUCUUCAUCAUCUUCAUCGUCUUUAACUGUAACUUCAAAAGGCUAUUCGAAUGUGGCCUCGUCUAAGAAGAAAGUAUCAGUUAAAUCAUUGAAAAGAAAAUCUAAAUCUGAUGAUGGACCAGAUGAAGAGAAUAUGGAUUGUGCUGUGAAUGAUUCUAGUGGACACAAUUCUCAACCUUAUUCACUGAAAUUGAUCAAUGAAGAUGUCGCAAGCACAAGUUAUAUGGAAACUGAAAGUUGUGAUCAAUUAGAGAUUCGUAAUCGACACUCAGUUAGAUUUAGUUCACCUGUUGAUCUUCGCACUCCAACUUCAGCUCCAUUUAACAAGAGAAUAUUUUCUCCGUUGAAUACACCGGCCACACCAAUUACACCGAUAACACCAACACAAUCAUCGUCUCUUGAUUUAAGUCUUCAUGGUGUAACAAUUACAUCUCCAUUACCAUCAAUCUCUCAGAAGCAUAACUUUAUGUUGCACUCAUCAGGUGAACAACAAUCGCCUCUGGAACUAAGCGGUCGAAUGACGAGUGCAAACGAAAUGAUAAUUCAUUCAGCACCUCCGAUUUUCUCUCAUUCUCGAUUCUCUUUACCAAGUGAAACUGGAGGUGGAAUUGGAAUUGGAAGUGGAAGUGGAAGUGGAAUAUCUCACACACCAAGUUUUUCUUCCACUGUCUCGAAUUUUAUUCUAAACAAUGAUAACAAUUCAUCUGCCUCUCCACUUUUGCCACCAUCAUCAGUAACAUCACAAUCAUCAUCACAAUCUCCAUCAUCAUUGUCAUUAUCAUCGUCAACAACAACAUCUUAUCAAGUUAGCCAAAGGUCUCCGGUAAUUGUGGCCCAUUCAGGUCAUAAUAAUACUAAUAAACAAAACCGAUUACCAACAAUAACCUCAAUUACACCUUACUCACUGAGUCCAAGUCCAAUAUGUUCAUCACCUCACCAACCACCGCCAGUAAUGCAAUUACAUAAAAAGUUUAAUCAUGAUUUGAUUUCAACUUCGCAAUCAAAGCAACAACAAAAUAUUUUAGCUAAUGUACGUAAUAGUUAUUCAACAAACCAACACCCACACCAUCAAUAUCCACAUCCACAUGCACACCAAUCUUUACAUAAUAAUCCUCAUCGUCCAUCGCCUCCUCUGCCUCCCUCUGCAAUAUUAUCAUCAUCAAACAUUGAGAGUGGUCCAAACUCAAACUCACCAAGCACAACAUCAACAUCAACAUCAACAAAUGAGCCUAAAUUUGUUUUAGCUCCAACUCCUGCUCAAUUGGGUAAAAUCCGAAACAAGAAACUUUCGGGAACCAACAACAACAACAACAAUACAAAUGAUCUUAAUUUAAGUGCCAAAUGUAAUGAUGAUACAAACAAACUUGACAACAAUGAAAAUGAAGAGCAAUCAGUGUCUAAAAAAAGUACAAAUGACCAAGAAGAUUUCCCCUACAAACAAUUCCAAGAGCCACAAUUUAUUCUAGUAACUAAUCAACAACAUCAAGAUUAUAAAACGCAUGGUAAUAAAAAUGAUGAUGACCAGAAAAAAGAUGAAGACAAUGAUAAGAUGACCAAUAGGAAUUUCGAUAAUGUUUCUCAUCCAUUUACUACUAUUGGUGAUUCUAUUGAUGAUAAAAAGGAAGAUGAUAAAGAUGAAAACAAAGAUAACCAAGAUAAUCAAGAUAAUAAAGAUAAUAAUGGUAAAGAUAAAGCUAAAGACACAAUGGAUAAGGUAUUGGACGAAGUUAAUUUUGACCAACAAUUUGCUCAAUUACCUGAAUUCAAACCAGAAGACAAAAGUGUCGCUACAUCAGCACCAAGUACACCUUUACCAUUCUCACCAACGGCAUUUGUUCAAUCGUAUAGAAAGAAACAAAGAAGCUCAAUAUCUUUGGUUUCAACACCAACUCUCUCAUCAUGUAAAAAUAAUAAUAUCGUUAGUAUGACAACACCAACGAUUCCCGUUAUACCAACAACUAUUGUGACAUCAUCGUCAUCAUUGUCAUCAUCAAUCUCAUUAGCAGCAACACCAACAGCAACCACAACGGCAUCAAUAUCAAUACCAACACCGGUACCUUCUACAUCUUCAUCAGCAGGAUUAUUUUCUUCGUUAACAUCAUCAUCGUCAUCAUCUUCUUCUUCAUCAUCUUCUUCUUCCUCAACAAUCCCCAAAAAUCCAAUGACUAAUAUCACUAGUGUCCAACAUAACACUUUGAGUUCAGGAGAAAAAUUUUUCGGGCCAAAUUUCAAUUUAGGUGAAGCAAUUGCAUCAGUUACUCACGACCCUAAUUCUGGUAACGGUAACAAUUCUGAUUAUUCAAAAAACAAGAAUGUAAACACACCGUUAACACCAAAAUCACCUAAAACUCCUGGAGGUGACAUUGACAAAUCAUCUAACCGACGAGUCCUUGAUCAAAGAAGACAACUUGUAAUGCAAUUUUUCAACGAGUGCGGCUUUUGGCCUACAGCUCAAGAAACCGCAUCAUUUCAACAGCGUUUCAGUAACGUCUUCCCUCAUAAACAUACCUUACAAUUGAAGAUACGAGAGGUUAGACAAAAACUCAUGGCAACAACACCAAUGACCCCGAAUUCUGCUUUGAAAGAGCAUAACGAGAAUGGAAAGAUGAAUGAGACAAGUAAUUCUUCAUCAUCUCAUCUUGGUGGUAAAAUGAUAAAUUGUACUACCACUGAUUCUACGAGCAUGAAUACUACAAAUUGUAUUAAUAAGGUUGUAAUUGCUGGUGAUUCAUCUAAUUGUAAUAUUGGUUCCGUUGAAAAAGUAGAUCUCGAAAAGCAACAAUAUUUUUAUGGACAACAACAACCAAUGGAUACAUCAACCUGUAAUAAUAGUACAGUUACUGAUGAAGAUAACUCAUCAAAGAAUCGUAAUAUUGGACAACAUGAUACAAGAUGAGAAAACAAUGCAUAUCGACUGGAACAAUUAAAUUAAUUAACCAACCGCGAACAUAAAUGAAAGAAUUAAAAAAAAAAGAUUUAUUUCCUAUUAAUAA